AUGACCGCUGGCAGCCUCGAAUCUAAACCUUCUGGCAACAUGUCAACCACCGUUCUUGAAACCGACGCGACACGCCCGUCCGUUCCCCUCAUCAGCAGCGCGACCCUCUUCUCGGGCAAGAAGCUUGAUAAGCUCAAAGGCAACUGGGAGGAGUGGAAGGACGGGAUCUACCCAGCUGCGUGUCUCUCUGGUCUCUGGGCAUAUAUGUCCGGAACCUCCCUAUGCCCUGACCAACCUUCCGAACCUCAAGCCCACUCCAACUGGGUCCAGAAUGACGAGCGCGCGUGCGCUCUUAUCUACGACACGAUUGAACCCAGCGAACGGCUAGCAAAGGCUGGCCCUGUCUCGCAAGUCUACCUCAUCAAGGAUGCGCUGGGAAAACGUGCGAGCGUUGGGGACGAGUACACAAAAGGGCUCGAUGAUCUCUUCAACAUGCUCAAACGGGCGUGGCGUAUGGGUGACAUCACGCUCGAUCUCUUCAAAAGCAUCGUCGCUCUCAACUACUUCUCCAAGGCCGACGUUCAGAACAUUCAGUUCGAUCUCCAGACCCGCAUCAACAAUGCCACCAAGAACGAACCUUUCACCCCUACCGACAUUCGAAAAUUUGUUGAGGAACGUGAAUCCCUCAUCAAAGCUAACGCACGACAAAGUGCUUCUGAUAUGCAAUCCAUCGCUCUCAGCGCGUCCAUUCAGGACAAGAAACGCAAGGACAACAACGUCUGCUCCAACUGCAAGAAACCGGGACACACUGUCCAAUAUUGUAUCUCUCCCAACAGAGGCAUGGCAGGGAAGACGAUAACCGAAUCUAAGGCACAACGCAUGAAGGAUCGGGAAGCAAAGAACCCCAAACCAACAACCUCCACCUCCACCACCCCCACAAUGAUCACCCGGACGGUCAAAGACGAGUCCACGGGUGCCAUGUACCUCGUCUGCAUGCCCGAAGAUGCCAAGCCCGUCCAAACCCACGCCCUCAUCGGUGUUAGCUCGCAAACACACAUGUGUACCGACAACAUUGACACCAUGGUGUACUCUACGGACGACUUAGAGCGAGGGGAGGCAGUGUGGGGUUAUUCAUCGGCCUUUAUGGCCAUUGGUGAGGUUCCUUUUACUCAAGCGCCCACCGAAGCGCCCAUGCCACCCCCAGCUGGCACUACUGGCACGUCACCCCCACCUCACCCUGACCACACCAACUUACCGCCUGCUGAGCACAUCCGUGACUGGUCUACUGACAACAGAUGCUUCCGCGCCAGCGUCAACUGGAACAUUGCCAGCCGUCAAGUUGACAUCGCAGCCAUCGUCAUCGAGCCGCUCCACCAAUCCCAGUCCACCCCCAUCUCCACUGACACCUGCCCAUUUUACGUCGACACUGGAGCCACAGCGCACAUCUCGCCUGACCGUACCGACUUCAUCACCCUUCGCCCCAUCUCAGCACACACGAUCAAGGGUGUUGGCGGUUCAUUCAUCACUGCCAUUGGUUGCGGCGACAUCAAAUUGCGCAUCUCCCGGGGGAAAUACCUCAUUCUUCGAGACGCACUCUUUGUUCCCGCCGCGGCAGUUCGCCUUGUCUCCGUCUCAUCUGUCAUCCUCGACUCCAAUGCAACCCUCUUCUUUGACAACGAUGCAUGCUAUAUCAAUGACAAAUCAACCUGCGCUCUCCUCGCCCUACGCAUAAACCUACCCGAUAAACGCCUCUGGUCCCUCGACCUCCACUCGCCAACUGCAGAACAUGCCUUUGCCAUUACUCGCAUGCCAGACUUGGAAACCUGGCAUUGCCGUCUAGGCCAUGCCAAUUACCAAACCGUCCAAGAGAUGGCCCGUAAGGGCAUGGUCAAAGUACCCUUGCAUAGAAGUGCCGAAGAAGCGUGA